AUGGACAAUCUAGACUACAACCAGUUCAGCAUAAACAUUGUGGGCGCAUGCAUGGUGAUGGGGCUCUACAUGACUCUACCAGUUUUGGGAUAUUUCAGUGAUUCUCAUGGUCCUGUUCUGCUAGCUAUCAUCAGCUUGAUUCUUUGUCCCGGAUACUUUCUGGCUUCUGCAGCUUACAGGUACCGCUUAAAUUACACUUGGAUGGGUCUUGCGUUUUUCCUGAUCGGAUGCGGAACUUCGUCAGCGUACUUCUGCUCGCUGCUUACCUGCGCGAAAAUCUAUCCUGAACGAAAGGGCCUUAGCAUAUCAUUACCAGUGACAUUUUAUGGACUUUCUUCGCUUGUUCUGGCGAAUUUGUUUAAACUGCCGGUUUUCAAGACAUCGAGAGGUGACAUAGACAUUCUCAAGGUCUUCACAGCAUUGGCAUUAUUGUAUUUGGUUCUGGGUGUUUUCAACUGGAUUUCUUCAAUUAUAGUCACAAUCGAGAAGGAAAUUGUUUAUCUGAAAAUCCAAGGAGAAUCGGGGCAGCGCGAAGAAGAAGGCCUCGAGGAUGACGAAAGCACUCCGUUGCUCAAUAGUCAACUUCUGGAACCUGAGACUCAGGGCACCAAGUUCAGACACUUCUUGUCUAGCCCCUCCACGAAGCUCCUUUAUAUGGCACUCUUCUUCCUGGCAGGACCACUAGAAAUAUUUGUUACAAACUUGGGAUCGCUAACUGCAAUGGUGGGAGAUGUAUCCAAGAAUGAUGUCGCCACGCAAGUGAACUACUUCAGCAUUUGCUCGACAAUGACGAGGCUCCUAAUGGGCGCUGCAACUGACCUGCUGGGGACGAUCAAAUCGACCACGCUAUUACUGGUGUCGGGCAUUGCGGUGGCUACGCUUUCGUUUUUCUUGAUUGCAAUAGAUUAUAGUCAUUUUUCCGUGAUUACGGGUCUUGUUGGCAUCGGGUACGGAUCUACAUUCACUCUUUUCCCCACUCUUAUUGCCACUGUCUGGGGAGUUGAAAUUCUUGGGUCUACUUGGGGAUUAUUCUUGAGUGCUCCAGCUUUUGGAUCACUGGUUUUCGGUAUGUUCUAUGCGUUCGAAUUUGACAGAUAUUGUGACAUCAGUAUUACCAGCUGGAAUGUUUACUGCUUAACGUUUCCCUUUGCAUUAUUUGCUGCAGGAUUUGCCUUGAGCGGUGUUCUCGUCUACUUCUGCUGGAGACUCUACUGGCACACCUCGCGCCUCACACUAGAAAAUAAUUAA